AAGUCCAGAGAUUUCCUAUAGGCGGGUUCACAACAACAGAGCUUCGGAGGCAAUAGAACGCGGAAGUAAAUUUACAAUAGUAAAGGUGCUAAACCAAAUCGAAAAAAGUAUUGUAUCUAGUGUAGGCCUAUUAUUCUCAUAAACGUAGCUAUAAUAAUACGUUUAGUAGAUUUAGUGAAGUGACGCUGGAGUAUUAUGAACGCGGAAUUGGAAGAACAGGAGGAUGAACUGCUGGCGCUCGCGAGUAUCUACAGUCAGGAGUUCAGACGGGCUGUGUCAGGAUUGGGUGGGGAAAUCCGGGUCUCUUUGGACCUUCCUCGGGACUUCAGUGUGAUUGUCAAAGCAGGUGACAAGCACAGAGAUUAUGUCAUAUCUUUCCUCCCUCCUCUGGUGCUGACCUUCGACCUACCUUUGGAUUACCCCUCCACCUCAUCACCCGAGUUUAUACUGAGCUGUAAGUGGCUCUCCCAUAGUCAGCUCUCAGCAGUGUGUAAGCAUUUGGAUGAGAUAUGGGAGGACACUGUGGGCAGUGUGGUCCUCUUCUACUGGGUCCAGUUCCUCAGAGACGACCUGCUUGACUUCCUGAAUAUCCGGCCACCGCUGGAGAUCCCUGUCAAUGACCAGGGCCAAGCCACUCCAUCUACUGAGGGCAGCGAGGCUGGAAACUCUCAGGGGGAAGCAGAAGGUAGUGUAGUUGAAACCUCUGAUGAGGCUGCAGUGUCCCUGGACCCAAGGGCCCUGUCAAUGUUAGCCACAGACACAGACCUCCUGGUGCAUCUGCUGGACUAUGAUGAGAGACAGAGGCUGAGAGUGUUCGAGGGACAGGCAUAUGACUGUGGGAUCUGCUUCAUGAGCAAGUUAGGCUGUAGUCAAUACAGAAAGUGCGGCCAUAUUUAUUGCAACGAAUGCAUGUCGGAGUACUUCACGGUCCAGAUCAGAGACGGGAACGUCCGUGGCCUUAACUGUCCAGAGCCUGAGUGCAGCGCCACAGCUACACCCUCACAGGUGAAGCGGUUGGUUGGGGAGGAGUUAUUCACCCGUUAUGACCGCCUCCUGCUCCAGUCCACACUGGACCGCAUGGCUGACGUGAUUUACUGCGCCCGCAAGGCCUGUGUUGCCCCAGUGGUGCUGGAACCGGACACAACCGCUGCUCUCUGCCCCUCCUGUCGCUAUGCCUUCUGCACUAUCUGUCGCAAGACUUACCAUGGCACCUCCCACUGUAAACUGAGGGCAAACACACUCCUGACCUCAGGCUCUGACUCAGCUGCUGAGUCAUCCUAUGCAGGUGUACCUCAGACAGACGCUGGGCUCCAGGGCCUAUGGGAAGAUUAUGCCUCAGGCAGUGGGGAGAGGAGAAUGUUCCUGGAGAAACGCUAUGGGAAACACAUUCUCAACACAGUGGUGGAAGAGAGCCUGAGUGAAGGCUGGAAAGGCCAGAACAGCAAAAAAUGUCCAUCCUGCCGUGCCAACAUACAGUGUCUAUCCUCUCAUUACAGAAGACCGGUGGCUGUAACAAGAUGGCCUGUUUCACCUGUGGUCAGUACUUCUGCUGGGUGUGCCUUAGUAUCCUGGACAAAAAUAACCCUUACAAGCACUAUGAAAACCCUAACACUGCCUGCUAUAAUGCCACAUUUGACUGACAGUAAUGUUGUGCUACUGUUUGAUAACCCUGUGCAUGUUAUUUUACAGCUCAAGUUCAGAUCAAAUCAUAUUUAUAGUCAAUGCUAUCAGAUUACUACAUGAGCUUUCUAAAAUCUUAGGCAUGGAACAAAACCUGCUGCUCAAAUACCUUGACCCAUUUGUUUCCUGGUGCACCUAAGUGCAACUCAGCCAAGGUUAUGUAUGAACGCAAUAAAAUAUAACCUCGCAGAAAUGCAGGCUUUUUCAGACCCUUGAAAA